UAACGCUGCUUCCUCUUCUCCCUUCUCUCGUUGUUCCCUUCCCUUUCCUCGAUUUGCGUUUUAUUUUUUCGGUGGCUCCCCUCGCAGAGCCAAACUCUAACUUCAUAGCCAGACCACCUAGUACAAAGCUUCAUUCUUUCGAGGUCUCUGACCAAUGGCGUCCUACGACUACGACUACGACGACGCACAAGUUGGAUACGACGAGUCGUCCGCCACUAACCGCUCAUCAUCAGCAGCAGGCCAAGACCUACGUUACGACCCGAACUUCGUCCCUGACUCGGUGAAAUCAUUCGUGGUGCAUCUGUACCGCUACAUCCGCGAGAAGAAUGUGUACGAAAUCCACCAGAUGUACGAGUCGUCGUUCCAGACACUGUCGGAGCGGCUCUUCAAGGACACUCCGUGGCCGUCCGUGGACGCUGUGGCUCACUACGUCGACAACGACCACGUGUUCUGCCUCCUUUACAGGGAGAUGUGGUUCCGGCAUCUCUAUGCGAGGCUAUCGCCGACUCUCAAGCAGAGGAUCGAUUCCUGGGACAAUUACUGCAGUCUCUUCCAGGUGGUGUUGCACGGCGUCGUCAAUAUGCAAUUGCCGAACCAGUGGUUGUGGGACAUGGUGGAUGAGUUCGUUUAUCAGUUCCAGAGUUUCUGUCAGUACAGGGCCAAAAUGAAGAACAAGACCGAACAGGAAAUUGCGCUUCUUAGGCAGUAUGAUCAGGCUUGGAAUGUGUACGGUGUGCUUAACUUCCUCGAAGCUCUUGUUGAGAAGUCCAUGAUUAUUCAGAUCCUCGAGCAUGAGAAGGAAGGGCUUGAACAAUUUACUGCUACUGAUGGGUAUGACUAUAAAGGUGGAAGUAAUGUUUUGAAGGUUCUGGGAUAUUUCAGUAUGGUCGGAUUGUUGCGAGUUCACUGCCUUUUAGGUGAUUAUAGUACUGGUCUGAAACGCUUGCUUCCCAUUGAUAUAAGCCAACAAGGUGUUUACACCAUUGUUAUUGGAAGCCACAUCACAACCAUUUAUCAUUAUGGCUUUGCCAAUCUUAUGUUGAGGAGAUAUGUGGAUGCCAUCCGUGAAUUCAAUAAGAUUCUUUUAUACAUCUAUAAAACCAAACAGUACCAUCAGAAAUCUCCACAGUAUGAGCAGAUACUAAAGAAGAAUGAACAGAUGUAUGCUUUGUUGGCAAUUUGCCUUUCACUUUGUCCUCAAGUGAAGCUUGUUGAGGAAACUGUAAACUCUCAGUUGCGAGAGAAGUAUGGUGAAAAGAUGAUCAGAAUGCAAAGAUACGAUGAUGAGGCAUUUGCUAUCUAUGAUGAGCUCUUCUCAUAUGCAUGUCCGAAGUUCAUUACACCCACAGCUCCAAAUUUUGACGAGCCUCUUGUCAAUUACAACCAGGAUGCCUAUAGACUUCAGUUGAAAUUGUUUCUGUAUGAAGUGAAGCAACAACAACUAUUAUCAGGGGUGCGGACUUUCUUGAAAGUUUAUUCAACCAUCUCUCUUGGGAAACUUGCAAAUUACAUGGAAGUGGAUGAGUCAACUUUGAGGACUAUUUUGAUGACAUACAAGCACAAGACACAUGCCGUUGACAGUGAUGGAAAAGUUAUCUCUAAUGCUGAUGUAGAUUUCUACAUUGAUGAUGAUAUAAUUGUUGUGGUAGAAUCUAAACCAACAAAGCAGUAUGGAGAUUACUUUUUGCGCCAGAUUGUCAAGCUUGAAGGGGUGAUCAAUGAUAUGGACAGGAUUAAGCUUGAAUGAGUUGUCUGUCACUUUCAAGAGUUGGUUUCGCUAAGCUUUUUGCUCUUUUGACGUCUAUGACGAUGCUUAGAUACUCUUUAAUUUAUCUUCUUCUUUUUUUCUUUUUAUUUUUCGGCUUUCGUUUUUUAAGGUUAAUUUAUCCAUUUGUCACAUGCCUUGUUUUUUCAUUUAGCGGAUGUGGUUAGGUCUUUAAAUGUAAUUUUGACAUCUUGCUCUGUCAACUUAAAGGUAAAAGAGAAACCCUCUUCUAUGAGGUUUACAUA